AUGGAGAUGCUCGUAAAGUCGCUGUAUGUUCUGAAAGAAGGAGUGGAUAUGUCGUUAGAAAGACGAGAUGAAAACCCAAUCAUUUUCUGGGUUUUGAUUGAACAAGGCGAUAUCCGAGAAACCGGAACGUCCACUCAGACGGGGAAGUGGGGUGGCUGUAUCGAAUGGUACUGUGUACAAAUCAACGGAAGUAAUCAGGGUGAUGCCCUCAAAGUUCACAUCCUCUGA